AGUAUAAAAUGUCUGUGUACCACUUUAUUGUAACAUAACUGAUUCAGAGAACAGACUGUCAUUCUCAACCCAAAACGUACAUGAAGUCUGUUGUCAUCAUGAGAAACUUUCUCAGCCUCACCUUUAUCCUGUUAGCUCUCACACCUUCAGGUAAUUGUCUCUCAUGCAUACAUUGUGUAACACUAGACGGCAGCCCUUGCAAUGGACCGUCAGUUGUCUGUGCAGCUGGAGAAGUCUGUUUGUCCGUAAUCACACAUGCAACAGUUGGUGAAGUGGAACCAGUUACAACAUUUAACAGAGCUUGUGGAAAACCUGAAUGCUGUGACAAGUCUACAAGCUUUAGUCACCCCAGUGGUUAUUUAAGGAAUGAUCAUACAUGCUGUUAUACCGACGACUGUACUCCACCCAUCCCCACUUUACCACCUGUUACUUCUGAGAGGAAUGGUGUGAUCUGCAGAGGAUGCUUUUCUCCUGAUUCUGACAACUGUGAUGAUACUAAUAUGAGUUGCACUGGAGAUGAGACUCAGUGCAUCCAAGUAUUCACAACAACAUCAGGUCUUAUAUCAGGGAUGUCAAUUCUACGUGGUUGCGCAUCAAAACAAACCUGUGAUAUGGGAAACCAAUACUCAUCUUCCGGUCAAGUGCAUGUUAUUGCAGAGGUGUCCUGUAGCCCUGGAUCCUAUGAAAUCUGAUUCUACAGCUCAUUGAAUCUCUCCUCCUCUUAAAAACUUGUGUAGUAUUUAAUUGUUUUAAACAAUGUGUAUUUUCCCUGUUAUCUAUAUACGCUAUCUAGAAGAAUACAAGAAAAUAUAUAUUUGGCAUAGAAAGUAGAAAAAAAAGUAGAUGUUUAUAAAAGCUGUUAAAUGUUUAAAUAUGAGUUAGCAAAAAAAAAUAUAAAGCUUGUCAGACACUUAGGGUUGGAUUACUCAAUGUUGGUAAAACUGAUUUAGCUACAGGAGAAAGUAGCUUUUUCUAUUUGUUUAAGGGUCAGCCUACUCCAAAUUCUUUAUUGUUCAAAAAGAUAAAUAGGGGACGGAGCCUAGCAGCCCAGGAUAAUGGCUGCACAUUGAUACAGCUCUGCAGCCCUAAACGUUGCCGUGAUAGUACAAAUGGUCCUAAUGACACUAUAACACCUACAAGUAAUAGGGAUAACCUCUCUGAAUAAGUUAGCAGCAGACAUACCCUAAAAAAACACCUGGGUCAGCGAGGAUUAGACGGAGAAGAAGCUGAUACGGUACCAUUAUAGUAUAUAUCUAUUAAAUUAAAUUUGGUUUUCAUCAAAUUUAAUGAUGACUUGACAUAUAUACCAAAGGAAAGAUAAAUAAAUGUAAGUUAUAAUGUUUAUUUAAAAAAAACACAAUCUUAUAUAGCUUCCAAACACAAACAUUCCACUGGAUAAACUUACAAGUUUUGAAUCCACCCAUAGAAAGAAGAGAGACAGCGUAUGUUAGGGCCACUAAAUGCAAUAGAAUUACAUAAUUAACAAGUACAUAAUAAAAAGACAAUGCAAUAACAAUUACUCUAAAUUUCAAAUAAGCAGUAGAUUUUUUUUCUGGCAAAUUAUUUUUUUCCCAUUUCUGGCCAUCUGUAUCAUGUGACAGACAUCACCCAAUCACAGACUAGUAUAAGUAUACCCUGUGAGCUUGUGCACAUGCUCAGUAGGAACUUGUUCCUCAGAAAGUGUGUAUAUAAAAGACUGCAAAUGUUGAUAAUGGAAGUAAAUUGGAAAGUGUCUUAAAACUGCAUGAGCUUUCUGAACCAUAAAAGUUUAUUUUGACUGGAGUGUCCCUUUAAUAGAUUUGUAGCAAGUGUCAUAUAACGUAUUUGCUACAAGGCAUUCAGAGAGAGCCCAUUACAAGUUUAGGCAGCCAAAACCACUGUCUACCCUACAAGAGCUCUGGCCAUCUUGCUCUUGCAAGUGAAGUGCGAUAGCUCAUGAUUUGCUACGUAUAGCUAGUGCUGGUACAAAGCUCUUGCUACAGGUAGCUAACGUUGUGUAAUCCAGCCCUUAAAGGGACAUAACAGCUUAUUUAAAUAUAUAUAUAUACCGCAGUGCUAAAAUAUAUGAAUUUUGCAAACUAUAAUCAGUUUUGUGAUAUCUCUUCUUUAUAGAAAAACAGAAGUAACUCUUUUUACCCCAUUCUAGGACAACUUUCUAUAUUUUUUGCAUUUUUAGUCCCCUGAAUGUGUGGCAGAAGAGUUUCAGUGUCUCUAAUAAAUGGCUUAUUUACGUUCACAAAAAUGAUAUUAUUGUCAGAGCUUGUUUCCACAAUAAACAAACUAUUGAAAUUAA